UUGUUAAGCAAUUUAAUUAUUAAGUUAUUAUCCAUGAAAUUUUAACGGAAUUCGUAACAAAACACCAUUUAAGAGCAUUUAACGACGAAGUUUGCAUGGCAAAUAUGCUGCUUAUUGGAAGGAAGUUUGAAUUGCAUAUAUGGUGUUUAUAUUUGGUAGAGCAAAUCUGAACUUAUUUUUAUUUUUUUUGACUUAUAUAGAAAUUCUUUGUAAAGCAUUUGAUUAAAACGGUGACAGUUGUAGUCAAAGGUCCUAAAUUAAAUUGUUACUGCAUUCUCUUUUAUUACGUUCAAAUACAUAUGGAUCUCAUGUAUUCAUUUUGUUUGUUUAUGUGACGUCAAUCAAAUUUUUUUUAAAUUAUCAAUCGCUAAUAAAAACUGUCACUUCUAUUUGAUGUUUGGUGUAAAUCAUAGAAAGUAAUUUAUAAAAAUUUAAAAAAAAAAUCAAGUUCUACCUGUAAAUUGACUAGUAAUUCUAAAUGUUAGCAAACGAUAUGGAAGAAGAACUUGAUUAUAGAAAUCUUCUGGAAAAAAACCGUGUGGAAGUCAUAAAGUGUUUGAACCUAGACCGACAGUUUUUAUUUAGUUACUUACGAAGUCAUUCAGUAUUAGAUGACGAGGAUUGUGAGAUAAUUUUAAAUGCUGGUGCAAGUCGUCAACAAAAAUGUUCAAAGUUUCUAGAUGUCUUAUCAACUCGAGGUCCACGUGCUAUUGAGUAUUUUAUACAAGCCCUAGAAAUCGACCAUGAAUAUUUGUAUGAAGUUAUUACAGGAAAGAAACCACUAAAUCAACCAUUGUCAUCAAAUUAUGUGGUACCCUUAAAACCAGUUUUGUCAGAAAAAGAGUUACAUGAACACAAGCGAGAAUACCUCUUAAAUGAACUGACAAAACUUGCAGAAGAAAACCGAAAUCACGCUUACUUGUACUCCAAAACACUUACAGAAAAAAACGUUUUAGAAAAACGUUUGAAUGAUUUAAAAGAAGAAUUGAUUGAAAAAGAAAAGAUAAUAAACAGUCUGGAAGAAGAUAUAAAACUUAAGAGCCUAAAUAAUUGCUCUAAGUUGUACAGCCAUCAUUUUAGGGAGAUGUUAAUUGAAAACGCAGAUAAAAGUAAUGUUAUUAUUGGGUUACAAGCACGUCUUCUUUUACUUAAAGAAAGAAACGAAAUUAUAUCUUAUAACAAUGUUGAGUUGGUUAAGAAAAACGAAGACCUAAUGAAUCAAAUAAAAGAUCUUGCUAUUAAAUACGAUUUCAAAAGAUUAGAGUCCAAGCGUCUAUCUCUGCAAAUAAACUUAAACUGUGACAGUUUAAAAGCUGCUUCGGAUUGCAAAAAAGAAAUUUAUUCUCUGAAAUUCAAACUUAUUCAAGCCAAUGAAGAAAAAAAUUAUGCUGAAAAAAAAUUCGAGGAAGCACAAAAAGUAAUAUCUGACAUGAAAUUGCAAUUAGAACUUUUACAAAAUAAAAGUUACAAAAGCGAGAAAAAAGAGGUAUCACUAAGCCAUUUGGAAUUGGAAGAAGAAAUAAGUAACAUGAAAUUAAUUCAUGAAAAGCAAAAGAAAAAAAUUGAAGGUCUUGAAAGAAAAAUUAGUCGGCUUGAUCAAGAAAUUGAAACACACAAGGAGGAAAAAGCAUUUUACUUGACAGAACGCCAACAAGCUAUAUGUGAUAGAAACCGAAUAGAAGAAGAAAGGAACGAGUUGCAAAAACAUAACAAAGUCUUACAAGAUUUAAAAGAAGAGACUGUACAAAAACAAAUAAAAAUAUCUUCUCAUUAUGAAAAAAAAAACAAAGAGCUCUCUUCAGAAUUAGAUAAAAAAAAAGAAGAGUUAGCUUUAAAAAUAAAUGAAAUAAAUUUGUUAAAAAACAUCAAUCAAGCAAAAGAUGAUGAAGACACAGAAGCAAAAGCAAAUCUAAAAAAUGAGAAUUUGCAUAAAAGCAUUCAAUGUUUACCUGCAAAUACUAACAAAAAUGAGGUUAAUAAAAGUAAUGAGCAAGUUUUAAGACAAAAUUCUGAGUUUGAAUCAGUAAAUAUAAGCGAGAGUGAAAAGAACGAAAACACGGAGAAUAACGAAAACAAUGAGAACAAUGUGGUUAACACAAGCAUUGCAACAAGCCAUAAUCCUAACCAACAAAUAUUUGAGUACGAUGGCAGUCACGUAUAUAAAAUGUUUAAAGAACAGAAAUCAGCAGCGGCAGCUUUGCUGAUGGCUGUACCUUUGUUUGGGGCUGCAACUUUAUUUAGUGGUAAAGAACCAAACAACCACGUUACUGAAGAAAAUAAUUCACAGCAAAAAACAAAUUUUGAUAAAACAAAGCAAAAUUUUUCACAAACUCUGUAAUACGUUAAAAAUUUAUUUAAAUGUUAUAAAUAUCAUAUAAAAGAUAUAUAUAAUAUAAAAGAUAUAAAGAAGCAUGUAUGUAUUUGCAUAUAAAUAUCAAAUAUUUCAGAAUAACUUAAGAGUAUUGAUCUU